AUGGCAGGGUGUGAGGGCGGCUCCUCCAGCCGGCGGCCGGGGCUGAGCUCCCUCUCCGUGUCCCGCAGGUCUGCGUUGGGCCGCAAAGCCGCCCUCUCCACGCUCUCCAUCCUGGUGGCCCUGCUGAUCGCCGGCCAGGCCGUCACCGUCUACUUCGUCUACCAGCAGAGCGGGCAGAUCAGCAAGCUGACCAAAACCUCCCAGACCCUGCAGCUGGAGGCACUGCAGAGGAAGCUGCCCGCCAGUGCCAAGCCGGUGAGCAAGAUGAAGAUGGCCAUGGUGAACACGCCCCUGGCCAUGAGGGUCCUGCCUCUCGCCCCCUCUGCAGGCAGCAUGGACACGGCCCCUGCUAGCAACAAAACCGAGGACCAAGUGAAGCACCUGCUGCUGCAAGCAGACCCCAGGAAGAUGUUCCCGGAGCUGAAGAACAACCUGAUGGACAACCUGAAGAGCCUGAAGAACACCAUGACCGAUGCGGACUGGAAGUCCUUUGAAUCCUGGAUGCACAAGUGGCUGCUGUUUGAAAUGGCCAAGAGCCCCAAGACGGAGGAGCGCAAGGCGAUCCCAGCGGUGAAAGUGCAAACUAAGUGCCAGGCGGAGGCCAGUUCUGGGGGUGUCCGGCCGGGUCGCUUCCGCCCGCAGUGCGAUGUGAACGGCGACUACCUGCCCAAGCAGUGCAAUGCCUCCACGGGCUACUGCUGGUGCUCCCACAAAAAUGGCACCAGGAUUGAGGGCACUGCCACUCGGGAAAAGCUGGACUGCCCUGAUGCCGCUUCUGCCACCACUGCGGAGCCAGAGGAGAUGAUCUUCUCCGGGGUGGACAUGCUCAAGCUGGGUGCGGAGAAAGGUGGCUACACCACCACCAUCUAA